AUGAAAUUUCAUACUGCCAUUCAUUCAUGGGCCGUUGUAAAUAGCAGAAUCCGAUCCCUGGCCGGCUUCAAAUUUUCUCUCUUGGAAACAGUAUAAAUAAUAAAUAAACACUCAAACUUAAAACGAGCAUUCGUGGGUCAUAUAAAUGAUUUUCCUACUAGAAUCGAUCCCAAGGCAUGUCAUGUACCGCGGGGUUGGUACGGUGACCCAUAUCGCUCGGCUAAAAUAAUCGGAAACAAAAACCAAAACCGCCUAGAGUUUGACUGUAUUUCAGAUAUACGAUGGAUUUCGAUGCUAUUUUGGAAGAUGUUGGCACCUUCGGACGGUACCAGAAAAUGGUGAUAUACCUGAUCCUGCUACCAGCUGUGAUUCCGUGCGGCUUUCAUGCGUAUGCACAACUCUUUAUGGCCGCCCACGUCGAUCACUGGUGCAGGGUCCCUGAAUUAGACUUUAUAUCGGAUCUCUAUAUAGCUAAGAAUUUGAGUAUACCCAUGGAAUUGAAGAAUGGUGAGCUUAAAUAUUCAGAGUGUACAAUGUAUAAGCUGAACUAUAGCAAAAUAGCAAAGACUUAUGAGAGUCUUGAUUACUUUAACCUGAAGGAGACUUCUCCGGAAAUCGUGCCUUGUACCAGUGGAUGGACUUAUGACAAGACCGUGUAUAAGAACACUGUUGUAACAGAGUGGGACCUCGUCUGCGACAGGGACUUCUUCCCAACAUUGGGGCUGGUCCUCUUAGCAGUCGGGGGGAUCAUUGGCAACUACAUCUUCGGCUACCUGCAAGACACCCUCGGAAGGAAACCAUCGUUCUUCAUAUACCUUCUUAUAGAAUGUGUAUUUGGAGUGGCUACGGCUUUCGCUCAGAAUUAUGUCAUUUGGAGUAUUUACAGGACUGGUGUAGGGUUUACUGUGCCGGCGAUUAUGACAACGCCUUACGUGUUAGCUAUAGAAAUGGUAGGUCCUCGAUGCAGAACUCUAUGCACGAUACUCUCUAACAUCGCUUACUCCACGGGCCUUAUCCUGCUGGCCGGCGUGGUGUAUCUGGUGAGGGACUGGCGCCACCUGGCCUUGGCCACCACCCUGCCCUUCCUCUGCUUCUUCCUGUACCUGUGGCCGAUGCCAGAAAGUCCUCGGUGGCUACUUGCUCGAGGAGAGUUCGAGAAAGCUGAAGUCAUCUUGAGGAAUAUGGCUAGGAUAAACGGCAAAUCCUUACCAGCAAACUAUAUGGUGCAAUUACAUCGCAAAUAUGAAACGAACAAACUAAACAAAGAUCUCGAGAAGGCUAAAACAAGAAAGUACGGGAUUCUGGAUCUGUUUAGAACUCCUAAUUUGAGAAAGAAAACCAUUAUUAUAACUUUUAUAUGGUUCACGAACACUAGUGUCUACGUUGGCCUAUCGUAUUACGCCCCCGUUUUGGGUGGCGAUGAGUUUCUGAACUUCUUUUUGGCUGGGAUCGUGGAACUGCCGACUUAUCUGUUUCUUUGGCCCUCAAUGGAGAGGCUUGGGAGACGGUGGACAUUGUGCAUGAGCAUGGUGGUAGGCGGAAUUGCAUGCUUGACCACGUUCUUGGUGCAGCACGAGACGUAUGUAACGCUGGCGCUGUACUGUGUGGGCAAGAUGGGGAUAUCGUCUUCCUUCGUAGUUUUGCCACUCAUGGCUUCAGAACUGUACCCCACCGUGGUGCGAGGUCUCGGAAUGAGUCUGAGCUCCGUAUUGGGGAUGUUAGGACCUAUUUUCAUUCCCCUUGUUAACUACUUGGGAUCGGACAUAAUGGUACUUCCAUUAAUAAUAAUGGGUGCAUUGCUAGUAGCAGGAGGGAUAGCCAGUUUAUUACUGCCAGAGACAUUAAACCAGCACCUUCCUCAGACCUUGGAGGAUGGCGAGAAAAUGGGACUCGAUACAGACUUCUGCUGUAAUCCUCCUGUGAGAGAAUCAAAACAAGAAGUGAAAGAAAUAAAUUUAGAACUUAAUAAUUGUAACGCGUGUAGUGCUUUGUGUUCCUGUCAAAUGGUUAAUGUAUCUCUUGCAGAUAAUAUCGCUACUGUAAUUGAUAAAGAAAAUGAAAAAGUAGAUUUUUUAAUUGUUAAGUAAUGCUAAGUGGAUUGUUAUAAGAUUUUAUGUUAGUUUUACGAUGUUAUUAAGUAAAACCUUGUUGAGAAUUUUAUUAUUUAUGACUUGUGUCUUUAAGUUAUGUUAAGGUCUACGGGAACAAAGUUGGUGAAGACGAUAAUAAUAAAUAAAUAAAAAUAACUUUAAUUGCACCUUACAGUAAUUUGACAAUAGGUUUACAGUAAAAUAGCAGAUAACGAUACGAUAACUCCAUUCUCGACAGAGCUCUUCG